CUGAAGAUUCGAAUAUGCAAUAUGACAUUGGUCGUGUUUCCGGUUUCGGUCGUUCUUUCAGUAAGGCAAGAUGGCUGAUCAGAGUGAACGUUCGUUUCAAAAGCAGCCCACGAUCUUUCUUAACCGCAAGAAAGGUCUGGGCCCUAAGAGAAGGAAGCCCAUGAGAUACAGCCGUAAUGUUGGUCUUGGAUUCAAAACACCUCGUGAGGCUCUUGAAGGAACUUACAUUGAUAAGAAAUGUCCAUUCACUGGCAACAUCUCUAUCAGAGGACGUAUUCUCACUGGCGUUGUACAAAAGAUGAAAAUGCAAAGGACCAUUGUUAUACGUAGGGAUUAUCUGCAUUAUAUUAGAAAGUACAAUCGGUUUGAGAAACGUCAUCGUAACAUGAGUGUCCACCUUAGUCCUUGCUUCAGAGACGUGGAAAUUGGUGAUGUAGUCACAAUUGGAGAAUGCAGACCCCUCAGUAAAACAGUCAGAUUCAAUGUUCUGAAAGUAUCCAAGGGAACUGGAUCAAAAAAGAGUUUCAAAAAGUUCUAAGAUUGCAGGAAAUACAAUCAGUGCAAAUCGCGGAAUGAAUAUAAAGUGGAAAUAGAAGGUGAGACACAUCAGGCUGAUAAAGUUACAACAUACAUGAAUCACCACUUUGAUUUGUAACUUAUGACUUAAAAAAUAAAUAAAGAAAUAAGAAAUAUUUCUACUGAAACAA